CCAUGACGAACAGUUCGACCUGCAAUGAAACAGACCUCAAGCCCUACUAUGCGAUUACGUACACUUUCAUCCUGAUCCCUGGACUAAUAGGAAACACAUUAGCUUUGUGGGUCUUUUACGGGUACAUGAAAGAGACUAAAAGGGCUGUAAUAUUUAUGAUCAAUUUAGCCAUUGCAGACUUAUCGCAGGUUUUGUCCUUGCCCCUGAGGAUUUUCUACUACUUGACCGGGACAUGGGAAUUUGGAGGAGGUCUCUGCAUGCUUUGCUUCUACCUGAAGUAUGUCAAUAUGUACGCAAGCAUCUACUUCUUGGUUUGCAUCAGUGUAAGACGAUACUUGUUUCUUAUGCACCCAUUCAAAUUCAGCGACUGCAAACGCAUCUGUGAUGUGUAUAUCAGCAUCAUUGGGUGGGUCGUGGUCUGCGUUGGCUGUUUGCCCUUCCCGCUUCUCAGACUUCACCAGGAUGUUAAAAACACGUGUUUUGUGGAUCUCCCCGUAAAGGAAGUUGACCUUCCCAUCUCCAUUGCAAUGAUGACAAUAGGUGAAUUGGUGGGGUUCAUAACACCCCUACUCAUCAUCCUAUACUGCUCCUGGAAAACUAUCUUAUCAUUAAAAGAAAAAAAUUCUGCUUCACAUGACCUCGGAGAGAAAAAAAAGGCUUUAAAGAUGAUUCUCACCUGCGCUCUGGUAUUUCUGAUUUGCUUCGGACCUUAUCAUAUCAGCUUUCCACUAGAUUUCUUUGUCAAAACAAAAAAGAUUAAAAACAGGUGUGUCCAGAAGGUGAUCUCAGUAUUUCACGUCGUAGCUUUGUGCCUUGCCAGCUUGAACUCCUGCGUGGACCCAGUCAUCUACUACUUUACUACAGAUGAGUUCAGAAGACGCCUUUCCAGGCAGGAUUUGCAAGACAGCAUUCAGCUCCACAGCCUUAGUUAUGUGAGGAAGCACUCCAGGGAUGUGCUCAGGGAGGACACCAUGGAUUACUAGCGCUGGCCUUCCCCAAAUGGUUGCCAGAACUUCAAACGUUCACUAUAUUUUGGGGUUUUGCCCAAUUUUUUUUUCUCCAGGACACUGACAACGACAACUCAGACAAGGUUCUGCUGAUUUCAGUGAGGGCUGGAGAAAAACAAACAGAAUCCUGCCAAAACCCAACUUGACUGAAAAUAUGUUGAUUUAAUACUUCGGUUGCAAUUUUUCUCUGAAUAUAAGUAACACCGUGCAAUUCCCACAGGCCCCAUUGCUAAGCUGGGCAGCCAGGAGCUGGUGGCUUUGCCAGUAGGAGGAGGACGAGGAUCCGUGGCGAGAGGUGAUGCUGUGCACUGUUGUCACUGGUAGGGCCAUUGCCCCAUCCUGGUCACGCACCCUGGCUUCAGCAAGAGGCAGCAAAGAUUUUGGGAUCUUUCUGUGCAGAAAGAAUUUGAUCCUAAAAAUUACUAGCUGACACAGUAUUAUAUAUUUCUGAAGCAAAAGACAAUCCAGCUGUGACUAAUUUCUAUGGAGAGUGCCAAGAACCUGCCUCAAGCCACAAUGACCAUGAAGCAAGGAGCACAAGGUGGCCCCAAAGGACUUGUCAUUUAAAUAAUUAACUAAGCCUCCAUUUUGGGCUGCAGCAAAUGACAUACACCCAAAUCACAAAGUCAUUGAAGUGUCCAGACACUAUUUUUCUGCCAUCAGUUCCCAUUUCUGGCUCGAAAGCCAUAUGGUUUGAAGCCUUAGAUAAGCUUUAACCAUGAGGCUGUGCUUUGAGGGUAUUUAUUCAGGCUAGAUGCCUAUCGAGUCUUUCAGGUCCUCUUUUCACCAAAGAUGGGGAAAAUUAUUUCCCUUUCACUGAUAACUGACCCUGCCCCAACACAUCUACUCUUCAUUAACAGCAGCGUGAUUAAAAUGCAGUCAGAGGAACCAAACCUUUCUGAAGUUUGCUGUACUGAGAACUCACUAUAAGCAGAGUCAAAGGUGCCACCCAACAGGCUACAAAAGAUUUUUAAGAAAGGUUCAAAUGUGGAUGUAUUUUUAAUAAUAAUUUCUUUAAAAUCAAACAACAGAAGCUUUGGGCUUGACUGGUAUUUCAUUUGCACCUUCUUGUAAGAUUUAUUUUUCUGUGAACAUUUGAAAUGUUACAUUUUGAAAUGUAAAAAUACUGUGACAGUAUUAGGUUUUAUUUAAUGCAAAUAUUGUUUUACAGAUUUAAUUUAUAAAUAUAUAUAUAUUUUGUAGAAAAAUGAUCACAGAAUCAUAGAAUCGUUCAGACUGGAAAAGACCUUUAAGAUCGUCGAGUCCAACUGUUAGUCUAGCAUUGCCAAGUCCACCGCUAAACCACGUCUACGUGUCUUUUAAAUACCUCCAGGGAUGGUGACUCAGCCACUUCCCUGGGCAGCCUGUUCCAGUGCCCUGAUCCUGCUGGCCACACUCUUUGUGAUACAAGCCAGGAUGCUGUUGGCCUUCUUGGCCACCUGGGCACACUGCCAGCUCAUAUUCAGCCAGCUGUGGACCAACACCCCCAAGUCCUUUUCCACCAGGCAGCUUUCCAGCCACUCUUCCCCAAGCCUGUAGCAUUGCCUGGGGUUGUUGUGACUCAAGUGCAGUACCCGGCACCGAGCCUUGUUGAACCUCACGCAAUUGGCCUCACCCAAUCGAUCCAGCCUGUCCAGAUCCCUCUGUAGACCCUUCCUAUCCUCCAGCAGAUCAACACUCCCACCCAACUCAGUGUCAUCUGCAAACUUACUGAGGGUGCACUCAAUCCCCUCAUCCAGAUCAUUGAUAAAGAUAUUAAAAAGAACUGGCCUCAGUACUGAGCCCUGGGGAACACGACUCCCCCUGGUUCUUACCCGUCAACAUGCAAACCUAUGGUCACCAUCAUCAAGCUCUAGACUGUCAAACCACUCCCAAACACAUAUGGCCACUCCACUGCCUCUCCUUCCUUACCUAGCCCUCCUGAAGAGUUUAUAGCCAUCCACUGCAGCACUCCAGUUGUGCAAGUCACCUCACCAUGUUUCCGUGAGGGCAACUACAUGAUGUGAAACCCAGGAAGCACUGGAAUACAAAGAGAUUUUUUUUUUCUUUUUAAAAACCCUUCUAUAUAAUAAAACAAAACUCCAUCACCUCAUCCCUACAGGAGUCUGAGCCAGCGUGCAUGUGUACCUGAGUGUGUUGACUAAGUAAGCACUGUUAAUUCAUGGAAACCACAAAGCACAUUGUAACUUGUUCACAGCAAUGAAAAAAUAUUUAUUUUUUUUAUUUCCUGUUAUAUGUGAUUAAAAAAUCCUUUAAAAAAAAUUUAAAUGUAAUUCUUGGCCCACUCUCCCCUCUGUAAUUGCCUGCAUCACCAAUACACACUUAUGCGGACCAACGUGUGGCAGCACUUGGAUUGCUGACACCUCUCGAGAACCUGUAGAACAUUUUAGAUGCCUUUUCAAAAUUGUUUUAACCUCCUCCUUGCACUGGGGAGAAAAGCAAAAUGCUGGCUUGCAAAGGGACAAAACGCAGUGCUGCAACCUGCAGCAGCUCAUCUGCCCCCCACGAGAGGUUUACCAAGACAAUGUGAAUUCCU